AUGCCUUUUGAAGCCCGGGUCAAGUCCGUCCUGUCCGGCGACACGGUUGUACUGUCGCAUGUCACCAAUCCGUCACAAGAGCGCAUCUUGAGUUUGGCCUAUGUCUCUGCUCCCAGGUUAAGGAGGGAGGGUGAUGAGUUGUACGCUUUCCAAUCCCGUGAAUUCCUCCGUGAGCUCCUUGUCGGCAAGGUUGUCGAGUUCCAUGUCAUCUACACCAUCCCUACCGGUGCCAAGCGCGACUACGGUAUUAUCAAGCUCCCUGGAUUUGAUGCUUCGUUGCCCGAUCUCAGUGUCCAGGAAGGCUGGACUCGCGUGCGUGAAGAGGCAGGAAAGCGCGGGGAUGAAUCGGAGGAGACUGCUGGGCUCCUGGCCCGCCUGCGUGCACUCGAAUCUCUCGCCCAAGAGGAAGGAAAGGGAGUCUGGGCCAGCGGUGACGAUGGUCAGAUUGAAAACAGCUACGAGCUGACCGGUGCUCGGGAAUUGGUCCGCCAAAACCAGGGCAAGCAGUUGGAGGGUAUUAUUGAGAAGGUUCUGAACGGUGAUCGUAUUGUUCUGCGCUUGCUGCUUCAGCCUAAGGAGCAUGUGCAGACCGUCAUUGCGAUUGCUGGUGUCCGCGCACCUUCUGCGAAGCGCACGGCUGAGGGCAAGGAGACGGCUGCGGAGCCGUUCGGCGAUGAGGCACAGCAGUUUGUCGAGGAACGACUUUUGCAGCGCAAGGUGAAGGUGUCUCUGGUCGGUGUGACCCCGCAGGGUCAGAUGGUGGCCACUCUCUUGCACCCCAAUGGAAAUAUCUCUCGCUUCCUCCUGGAGGCUGGUUUGGCUCGUUGCCAGGAUCACCACUCUACUCUCCUGGGCCCCGACAUGGCUCUCCUUCGCCGGGCCGAACUCUCUGCCAAGGCAGACCGCAAGGGAUUGUGGGUGAACCACAGUGGAGCCACGACUGCGGGCGCCGCUGCUGUUGACUACGUUGUCUCUCGUGUUCAAAACGCCGAUACUCUAUUCAUCCGGAACAAGGCCGGUCAAGAGAAGAAGAUCAGCCUUGCCAGCAUCCGCCAACCUAAGCCUUCGGACCCCAAGCAGGCUCCCUUCGCUGCGGAGGCUAAGGAGUACCUUCGCAAGCGCGUCAUCGCCAAGCAUGUCAUGGUCACCGUGAACGGCAAGAAGCCCGCUAACGAGGGCUACGAGGAGCGUGAGGUUGCUACCGUUGUCCAAGGCAACACCAAUGUGGCCGUUGCCCUCGUGCAGGCUGGAUACUCGUCCGUGAUCCGCCACCGCAUGGAUGAUGCCGACCGAUCCCCUGACUACGAUGCCCUGCUCGCCGCCGAGGCCGAUGCCCAAAAGGAAGGCCGUGGAAUGUGGUCUCCCAAGCCCCCCAAGGCCAAGCAGGUGGUAGACUACUCCGAGACCGUUCAAAAGGCCAAGCUUGAACUCGGUAUGCUGCAGCGCCAGAAGCGCGUGCCGGCCGUUGUCGACUUUGUCAAGUCUGGCUCUCGUUUCACCAUUCUCGUCCCCCGUGACAACGCCAAGCUCACGCUUGUUCUUUCCGGUAUCCGUGCUCCUCGCUCGGCACGCGGACCCAGCGACGCCGGUGAGCCCUUCGGCCAGGAAGCCCAUGAUCUGGCCAACCGCCGCUGCUUGCAGCGUGACGUCGAGAUUGACGUCGAGACCAUCGACAAGGUCGGUGGUUUCAUUGGAAGUCUUUAUAUCAACAAGGAGAACUUCACCAAGGUUCUUCUCGAGGAGGGUCUGGCCACAGUCCACGCAUACUCCGCCGAGCAGUCCGGUCAUGCCACCGAGUACUAUGCCGCGGAACAGCAGGCCAAGGAUGCCCGCAAGGGUCUCUGGCACGACUACGACCCCGCCAAGGAGGCUGCUGAGGCCGAAGAAGCCGAGGCUGCCAACGCCAAUGGCAACGGCACCGGCACCGAGAGCGAUGCCGCUCCCACACAGCGCCGCAAGGACUACCGCGACGUCAUGGUCACCUACGUGGACCCUACCUCUGCCAAGCUCAAGCUGCAGCAGAUCGGCACUGGCACCAGUGCUCUCACCGAGCUGAUGAGUGCCUUCCGUUCUUUCCACCUCAACAAGGCCAACGACACCCCUCUCUCCGGUGCCCCCAAGGCCGGCGACUGGGUCGCCGCCCAGUUCUCCGAAGACAGCAACUGGUACCGCGCCAAGGUCCGCCGCAACGACCGCGAGAAGGAGACCGCCGAAGUCGUCUACAUUGACUUCGGCAACUCCGAGUCCAUCCCCUGGUCCAAGCUCCGCCCUCUCACUCAGCCUCAGUUCUCCUCCCAGACUCUGCGUCCCCAGGCCGUUGACGCCGUUCUCUCCCUCAUGCAGUUCCCCACUUCCGAGGACUACCUUGAGGACGCCAUUGGCUUCAUUGGCGACCAGACCUUCGACCGCCAGCUCGUCGCUAACGUCGACCACGUCGACUCUGAUGGCACCCUCCACGUCACUCUGCUGGAUCCCUCCGUCUCCAAGAACUUGGAUAACAGCAUUAACGCCGAUGUCAUCAGCGAGGGCUUGGCUAUGGUGCCGCGCAAGCUGAAGAACUGGGAACGCGCCUCCGUCGACACCUUGUCUAACCUCCGCACGCUGGAGGAUGAGGCUAAGGCUGAGCGUCGUGGUAUUUGGGAAUACGGUGAUCUCACCGAGGACUAA